GGGUUUACCCGGUACAGCAGGGAUUGCUGUCCUAACCGGAAGACGAGAUCCGAUGAUACCGGCACAGCAAUAUAUCACUGAGUUUCUGUUUUAGUAUUAUUGUUUUCUUAUCUUUGAUUAUAACUCACUUAAAAAAUCUAAAAUAAUCAGAAUUUGUUUAAGCAUAUAAAGUAAUGGCUAUCACUGCGGAAUAUAUUAAAGACAAACUUACAAAAUCAGUCGGUGCUAUACAUGUGGAAGUAGAAGAUACCUCUGCUAAUCGAUGUUCCACCAGUUUCAAGGUUCUUGUUGUGUCAUCACAAUUUGAUGGAAAAUCUCUUCUUCAAAGACAUAGGAUGGUGAAUUCCUGUCUGGCAGAAGAGCUGAAGGAGAUUCAUGCCUUUGAACAAAAAACACUAACACCAGAGCAGUGGGAGGCACAGAAAGCCAAAUAAAAAUAAAAUAUUUUUUUCUCAAAUGCAUAUUACGUCACUUCUGAAUCAGCUAUCCACAGAAACAGUUCUUCAUUAAAGUUUGCCUUGUAUUUAAUAUGUUUACACAUGCAAAGAAAAUAGAAAAGUAAAAAUGCAACAUUAUUUGCCAGAUCUGCCCAUUAUCAAGUAAAUAAUCAAAUU